AUGGGCAUACGAUUUACGUGUUUUUUACAGGGCUGUGGGAUGAUCUGCCCCAGAAAACUGCCUAAAGAGGCACUAUCAUCUGGCGAUCGGACGGAAGACACGAACACGCAGUACAACACAACUCCACCUGAUAAGGCUGAUGUUUCAAACAACUGCGACUUGACAAUCCCACAGAAACCCAUAAGGACGAUUGAACCCUGUCCAAAGCUUGGUGACGCCCAAUCUGGCGAUCAGCAGUAUUUUCAAGAAAUCGAUCUGCUGCUCCAAAAAGCCGGCCAGUACGAAGAAAGAAGACAGUGGGAAAACGCGAUUCAAAGCCUUGAAAGUUGUCUUUUCCUUCUGAAAGCCAAAACUAACGAGGACACGGAUGCGCACAAAAGUGCAAAAGUUAGCACUGCUGUAAGAAUCGCGUGGUUAAAAGAAUUCUGUGGACAGUCAAAUGUCUCUGUACUGGAAUCUUGGGUGCAUGCCAUGCGGUUGGCCAGAGCCUACGACGAACAAAAGCUGAGUUUUGUUUGCGCAAGACGGGUACUUCAUCAUGCAUGCUGUCUUCAUGGUGACACAAACCUAAAUGAGAUUCUUGCAGACCUGCAUCGGACUGCUGAAUCUCAAGAAAGUGGCCAGUAUAAAGGUGCCCUUCUCAAUGGAAUCGGUUUGGUUUACAUGAGGACCGGAGAUUACUUGAAGGCUCUGAACGCUUUUCAAACCGCUUUGAAUUGCAUAGUUCACUAUUCACCUAACACAAGAGCAUCCUUGUGGCAAAAUUUGGGGACGGCGUAUUCGGCAAUGGGAAGGCGUGAACUAGCCGUAGAAGCGCUCAUUACAGCACUAAAGCUGUACAGACGAAAAUCCAUGUACGAGGGAGAGGCUCAAGCGUGCUAUAACCUAGGUUGUGUGCUAUCCGCAAUACCGUCGAAGAACUCUUUGGCGCGCUGGUACUUUGUUCUCGCCCGUCGCGCCGCACAAAUGGUUCACCUUCAACGAAUAGUAGGCCUAGCCAACAAAGCGAUUGCUGCGAUCGAUCGGUCCAGUGGGGCCCAACAAUGGAAUGGGAAUGAGCGCUCCAGUAUCACGAAUUUCGUGUUCGAGACGGAAACUCCUCCGAACAGUGUACUCAGCUACCUCCAAACAAUGCAAGGAUUCGAAGAGAACGACGAAGCUCUCUACAGUUCGUGCAGCUUUGCGGCUGCGUUCGAUGGUUUUCUAAUGGGGCGCAUCCAACAUAGCGACAAUGGUACUGAAGGUGGAGCAACCGAUUUAAUUUCGUUAACUGCAGAUGGUGACCAGAAAGACCAGUUAGCUCAAGGUCGAUUGACGUCAACAAGCCAAAUCACGGCUCUUGAACUACUGUCCGGGAGGCAGGAGGAGGCAUAUUCGAGAACCUCAAGUGAGGACCAAAAAGCAAUUCGACAGGACAGCGGUGAACCCCAGGAUCGGGUGGAAACGAACAUGGAUCGAGAGGCCAUAUGUCGGGAAAAGACAUGAAAUCUCGCCAUACUGACUGGGAAGCCAAACAAAAGGAUAACAAACGUCGUCUUGCAAACAGUAUAUGAUUGACCACAUAUUCAUGGGGAAAAAAAGAAUAUACAACUACAUUAUACGAAGUCACACACUCUCAGUGCACCAUUAGAAAAGUGCAAACGGAUUACCGGAUAUAAACUUUGAGGGGAAGCGGAUGAACGACCUGAAAUUGGAAGUCUUUGAUUGGUUGCUCGUAUUGGCAGUAGAACAGUUUGGGGUCAGACUGAACAGGGCUUUAUAAAAAAACGCGUGAAACAGUAUAAAUGCAACACCAUGUGUGGCUAAUGAACGGACCGGCGUGAUGGUUAUUCUUUCUUGUCUGAAAAAAUGGAAAAUGAGAUAGGUAAUGUGUGGAGUAGAGAGUACAUAAGAGUGAAAAAAGACAUACGACAGAGAUAUCAACAAACAGGCACUGGGGGCGUGGGUGAAAUUCAAUAGGAUAUCGUACGCAAAUAACUCAGAGUGGACCAGAACUUGUUGAACAAAACUGUUCCGUCACAAAACCCUUGAAGAGCUACGGAUUAGAGCAGUUUUUCCUCUCCACAAACUGCGAGUAAGAUCUAGAAACAUCGUCCACGGCGACAGGCAUCUAUGUGUGACGACAAGAUGAUUCUUCUUCAAACGAGUAAGUGUCCGUGUAUACACACAAAGGGUUGUGAGUCAUAGGAAGCGUAAUAGCUAACCCAGUCAAUGAAAAAAUACAUGUAUAGGCUUAAUACACUACUCCUAAGGUUGCUGAAAAUUCGUCGACAGCCUACGACCGGUUUCGCCCCUCUUGCGGCUCAUCAGGUCGGCGCAGUUCCCGAAUUUCCGUCAGCUUUAUGUUUUACCUGAAGAGAAUACAGUUGUUGCAGACAGUCAUGAAUGGAGGUGUGGAAUUGCGCAGUUGAUGCCAACAAAACUGCCGUGUCCAACGACCACUUUUUACCGUCCACUUCAUAACCCGAUUCCGCAAUCAUGUCAGGCUUACGCAUAAACAAAACCAACAAGAAAAAAUGGCUUCAAAUAUCUCCACACCUUCGGUAGAUAAAACUAUGACAGAUGGAACCCUUAAUACCAGAUAAGCUGUUUGCAGAUGCGGCAUUGACCUUUC